AUGCGCAGAUUAUGGGACACCGCUAAGAAGUUCAGCAAGGUACCUCGGCAUUACCGAAUUACCUUGAGCAGCGACUGUCGUAAGGACCUUCUGUGGUGGCAGGAGUUCUUAGCUAGUUGGAAUGGCAAGUCGUUCUUCCUGUACCAGGCCGAGACUUCCAGUACCGACUUAGGUCUAUACACUGAUGCUAGUGGCACCCUUGGAUGGGGCGCCUAUUAUGCCAACGAGGGCAGGUGGAUGUACAGCCGCUGGGAGCAAGACACCAUGGACCUGUCCAUUGAGUACAAGGAACUGUUUCCUAUUCUCGUUGCGUGUGCCACGUGGGGACAUAUGUGGUGCCGGCUUCGCAUAGCAUUCCACUGCGACAAUCAGGCCGUGGUUGAUUGCUUGGCUUCGGGCACGUCAAAGUCUCCACCUGUGAUGGCCCUCAUCCGCAAACUGUUCUUUGUGUGUGCGAGGCAUAACUUCUGUGUCGUAGCCCGUCAUGUGCCUGGCAAGUCUAAUGCAAUUGCGGAUGCCCUCUCUCGUUUUAAAAUGCAGGAAUUUUGA